GGUACUCAAACAAGUAAUUCCAUUCCAUUUGUGAGAAAUGACAAGCCUAUUUAAGGUGGUUUUCCAAAGCUUAAAUAUCUCUAUAUAUAUAACUAAAUACAUAUACAUAUAACUCAUAAUAAGAAGUAUAGAUUGUAGAACUGAAAUUUAUAUUAAAUAACAGAGAUAGAUAUAACAUACAUAUAUCUCUCUAUGAUUCGAACGAUGGUUCAAAGAGUACGUGAGGUGCUGAUACUAAUGUUCCUGGCGUUGAUGUCGAAAACAAACGGCGAAUGGAAGCCGAACCACUGGGGCAGAUCGAAUUGCGUUCGGCAGCCACCGCCGCCUCUGCCCGUUCCACCAGUACAAGAGGAAAACUGCCUAAGCUGGAGGGUGGCGGUAGAAGCAAACAAUGUGCGGGGAUGGCCGACAGUGCCGACGCAGUGCCUCAGUUAUGUGGAAAGGUACAUGAUCGGUGGGCAGUACGAAAAGGAUGUUAGCUUUAUCAUCGAUCAAAUAUUGGCUUACGCUGGUGACAUAACUCUCAGCGCCGAUGGCAUGGAUGCUUGGGUGUUUGAUGUUGAUGAUACUUGCAUAUCAAAUGUUUUUUACUACAAGGGAAAGAGAUAUGGGUGCGACCCAUAUGAUCCAUCAGGAUUCAAGGAAUGGGCAAUGAGAGGGGGGUGUCCAGCAGUUCCUGGUAUGCUUUCAUUGUUUAACGAACUCUUAAACAUGGGAUUCAAGAUAUUCCUUAUAACAGGCAGAGAUGAAGAAACUCUCGCCCACCCAACUAUUCAUAAUUUGCACAAUCAAGGAUUUUACAAUUAUCAAAAGCUAAUCAUGAGGAGUGUUGCAUACAAGGGACAGAGUGCAGUGGCAUACAAGUCUAGUAUUCGGAAUCAAAUAAUGAAAGAAGGCUAUAGAAUUUGGGGCAAUGUGGGAGACCAAUGGAGUGAUCUUCAAGGCGAAUGUUUGGGCAAUCGCACCUUUAAGCUGCCCAAUCCCAUGUACUUUGUUCCUUAAUUAAAUUAGCUUUAUUUCGCUUUUCAAAUAUAUAUUAUGCCAAGUACUCUAAAGUCCAAACAUAAUAUAUUGUAAGACUUUUAAUUUGACUAAGUAUUGUAAGACUUUAUAUGGUUAAGAGUAAAAUUUGUCAAUAAUAAUGAUCUCUUCCCUUUUUUAUGGGGAAAAAAAAAACAAUCUCAUGAAAGGAAAA